AUUUGGGAAUGCUGGGAUCUGUUUAUCCAGAAUGUCAAAAUAACUGUAACACAACGUAAAAAUAAUAUAUAUAUAUUUAUGGUCUGUAGUCUCAAUGUAAUUACCACAAAAUGUACAAUCCGGUAUUUCCAGUAGGUGGCGGUAUUGCACCUUUAAGUUGUUUGCUGGCCGCAAUUUAAACCCAAAAGAAGAAGAUGAAGUAAACAGAGUAGCAUGGUGGUGAAAUCUUAAGAUGUGGCGAAAGAUGCAGGUUAAAGCCGAAGACAGAUCCAUUUAUUACAUUUAAACGUAUUACGGAUUCGUCUGCAUCUAAUCCGGAGCAGUUAGUAAGUUUUGAAUGAAUAUAUAUUUUUACCACGUACAACCAAGUGACGUGGUGGAGUUUCGAUAUCGAUGGAGCAGAAGCUCGCAGAGUUCAGAGCCAGACGACAGGCAGAAAAUGCCCUGAAAAGGCGUCAGGAUGUGGAUUCACAGUCCGGAGAAGCGGCGGAGACGGAGACAGUGACGGCAUCCAGUCAACAGCCCGAGGAGGAGAAGACGGAAAACAAGCAAGCUGUGACCCAGGGCUCCGAAAGCCCGGACCGUAGAGACUGGGUACUGGACAGCGCUCUGGGAAGGUGGUUGUCCUCGAGGCAGUUCGUCAUCUCAAACCUCUUUCUGCUCAAAGUGCUUCUGUGGCUGGUUCUGCUGGGUUUAUUUGUCGAGCUGGAGUUCGGCUUGCCCUUCUUUGUCAUCUCUCUCUUCUACUGGCUCUACGAGGGACUCCGCAGCCCGGCGCCCCGCCAGCCUGGAGAACUGAGCGCUUAUUCAGUCUUCAACCCAGACUGUCAGCCUCUGCUGGGCUCCAUCACUGCAGAACAGCUGGAGGGGGAAAUGGGUUACAGACCUCUUGCUAACAGAUGACGUACUAGUGAUUUUUUUUUUUUUUUUUGCCCAUUCGAAAAAUAUACAUACGGUCAUUUCACAUUAAAUUGUGAUUUGUUUAUUUGCACCUUUAUUUUUCUUUUGUCUUAAAAUCACAGAUACUGGACACAACAUAAUAUGGGGAAAGAGGGAAAUGUCAAACACUGUGUAAUCAGCAAGAUUGGCGGAAAUAUCAAUGAUACACUGUUAAAGAUGUUAUUCAUGUCGAACAUGUACCCCAGUUCAUUCUGCUCUUAUCAAGAAGUGCAUUAAAUGGCGAAAUGACGACUGAACUUGAGUCAAAUACACUAAAAUAAUGAACAUUUUUUUUCACAUGAGAAAAAAAAAAUGUUUGCUGUAAAUUAAUUUACAAGUAUUUACAAAUUAAUAAAUAUUUUUAAACUUU